UGUCAAUCUAAAAUUCGAUAGGCACCAUUUCAAAAUUAUUAUAUGUAAGGUACCGUGUCUCACUUGUUUCCGCCAUCGAGACCCCCAGCUUUCUGCCUCUUCAAUUAAUGUCCAUAAUGUUUCCUAUGAAGGGGCAGAUUGUAUUCCUCUUGCUGCUGGAGUUCGUCUGGUCUGCGACUGUCACAUAUACAAUCCCUGCAUCUGCUCCGACAACAGCAACAGCUCUUGAUCCUGCACCUCUGGGAAUAUCUUUUGAAUUCUUCGCUUUCCCUUCAUACUUCUUGAACGUCACUGGGACCAAUCAAUGUCUAAAGAACUUGAAGGAGUUGACGGGGACAUGGCCUCCGAUUCGAAUUGGUGGGACUACACAAGAUCGAGCCACAUAUGAUGCGUCAUCCUCAGCAUAUGUCACAUACUCGGUGGCAUCUCCACUCGACGCUCCAGCUUCGUUGACUUUUGGCCCGAAAUUCAUGGACCUUGCAUCCACAUACCUGGGAACGGUUGUCAUGGGUCUGAAUCGUGGACACGACGACAUCGCCAACACAAUCGCCGCAGCAAAAGUAGCCAGCGACAAAAUGAGUAACCUCCUCGCCAUCGAACUAGGCAACGAACCCGAAUACUACACCAGCGACAAACAACCUAUCGCCCUUAACGCCGGCACCUGGACCCCCGCCACCGACGCCGAAUCGCAAGAUGACUGGGAUAUCCGCGUCGGGUCAGCCCUGCACCGAAACCUCAUAAUUCAAGCUGGCAACUCCAACGACUCGCCCCCGAAAUGGGGGGCCGUAGAACUGAUCGCCACCGAAAACAGCACCGCAAAAUCCUACGUGCAUGACUACGCGCAUCACAACUACCCCGGCGGCACCCUCACCACUCUCAUGUCGCAUUCCAACAUCGUUUCGAACCUCGCUAUUUUCGAACCAGAGGUUGCGGCGGUGAGUGAUGAGGGGAAAGAGUAUGUCCUUGGGGAAACGAAUAGUGUUAGUGGUGGCGGAGCAGCGACCGUCAGUCCGCUGUUUGGCGCGGCGGUUUGGACAAUGGAUUAUAUGUUAAGGGCCGCGGUCUUGGGGAUCAAGAGGGUGUAUUAUCAUCACGGGACGGUAGGGAAGUGCUUUUAUUGCUUUUGGGGGAGGUACAGUAUGGGUGCUCCGUACUAUGGCGCGUAUGCAGCUACUGCGGCUAUGGCUGGUGGCUCGUCUAUUGUUUCCCUCGAUGAGGGGAGUACGAACUAUGGUGGGUACAUAGUGUCUGAUAGAGAUGGGACACCAAUGAGGGUGUUGCUUCUUAAUUCUGAUUUUUACGGGGGGGGUGGAUCGAGGGGCAGUCAGACUUUUGUAUUGAGUGGGUUGACGGGGGGGAAGAGCAGUGCGAAGAGGUUAAGCGCGCCCAGUGCAAACUCUAGGGUUGAUCAGGGUGGGAAUCCAAGCUUCGGAGGGCAGAUGUUUGCGAACGGGACAUGUGAGGUGAGAGGGGAGGAGGUGUGGGAAAUGGUUGAUGUUGUGGAUGGGAACGGGACGUUUGUUGUUGGUGCAAGUGAGGCACUUUUGGUGUAUCUGAAAUAAUGAUAACACAGGACCCCAGAGGCUUUGAGCUCUUCUAGCAACACAAUUGGAACGAGAAGAUUU